AUGAAACUAGCAGAAGUAGUUACUGGCGGACUGGGCAGCUUCAGUCAUAUUUCAUUGGGCCAAGGCCAAGAAAAGGCUGCUAUGGGCUUACUAAAUAAUGCAUUACGUCAAGGAUACUGGCUUAUGUUGCAAAAUGCACAUUUACUUAUCAGUUUUGUGAGGCAAUUAGAAAAAUAUUUGGAAAAAGUUGAAGCUCCGCAUCCUGAUUUUCGUCUAUGGAUUACUACAGAUCCCACACCAACCUUUCCGAUAGGCAUAUUGCAAAAGUCCCUAAAAGUUGUAACGGAACCUCCAAAUGGUCUGAAGCUAAACUUGCGUUCAACGUUCUUUAAAAUAAGGCAGGAUCGCUUGGAGGCAUGUUCGCAUAUAGCGUACAGGCCACUGGUAUAUGUAUUGGCAUUCUUCCAUGCUGUUGUUCAAGAACGUCGCAAAUAUGAUAAAUUGGGCUGGAAUAUAUGUUAUGAUUUCAAUGAAUCUGAUUUCAAUGUUUGUCUUGAAAUAUUGAUAUCAUAUCUACUGAAAGCGCCACCUGGCGAUACCACUCGUGUGCCAUGGAAUAGUUUAAAAUACCUAAUUGGCGAAGUCAUGUAUGGCGGUCGUGUUAUUGAUGACUUUGAUAGACGUGUCACCAACACUUAUAUGAAUGAAUAUAUGGGGGAUUUUCUUUUCGAUAAAUUUCAACCAUUCCACUUUUACAGAGAUGAAAGUGUUGAUUACUUUAUACCAGAAGACGACAUCAUACUCAAGGAAGAUUACAUUGCACACAUUGAUGAAUUACCUCUGGUUAAUAGCCCAGACGUAUUCGGAUUGCAUCCUAAUGCCGAAAUUGGUUACUACACACAAGCGACUCGUACCAUUUGGUUCUAUCUUAUACAAUUGCAGCCCCAAACAGGUGAGGCUUCGGGUGGAAUUAGCAGAGACGACUUCAUAGAUAACGUUGCUGCGGAUAUACUUCACAAGCUGCCUCAAGCAUUUGAAGUUUGGCGCAUUAAAAAACAGCUUGCCAUGACUAUGACACCGACUGGAGUGGUUUUGGUACAAGAGUUGGAUCGCUUCAAUUUGCUUGUAUUGCGUAUGAAAAGAACAUUGGAUUUAUUAAGAAAGGCGAUUGCUGGUGAGAUUGGUAUGGACAAUGUACUCGAUAAUAUCGCAAAUUCGUUAUUCAAUGGCAUGUUGCCAGACAAUUGGCGAAAACUGGCGCCGGCUACGUGUAAGCAACUUGGCAGUUGGUUAGAACAUUUACAGCAAAUGCAUUACACAAACAAAAUGCCCAGGCAAACGCACGCAAAUAUAAAUGCAAACAUCAAUAUUAACACGCGUAGCCAAACGUUAUGGCGCAAAUUAAGCCGCCUCAAUGCAUUGCGACAAUAA